AUGAACCACCAAAAACCAUCACCCGUGUCAUCCUUUGUCAUGACCAAAUUGAAUGACAAGAUCGAAUCCGAAUUAUGUCCAACAUGUGUCUAUUUGUUGGAUUUUGCUCUAGCUGAUUUGGAAGCUGCUGUUGAUGCAGGCACUGUUUUUUCAUGUAUGAGCUUGUGUAAAGUGGUAGCUCCCUAUGGUCCUUACGUCUAUGCUGGAUGUGAAGUCGUGUGUACAGCUGUUGGUGUGAAUGCUUUCAUUGCUGUUUUAAAGAAGGCUGACUUGGAUCCCAUUUAUGGAUGUCAAUUAUUGAAUGUUUGUCCCGUUCAUGAUUGUACAGCCAAGACAUGUGCUACCUUUACCAACGCAGGAGUUAUUCCACAAGUCUCUCCAAUGGGUGGUAAAGUCAUGGCCUAUGCACGUUUGAAUGUUUUCAAUGAGUCAGGUCCUGGACAAGUUGUGUUGAAAGUGACAGGACCAUUCUCAGCACCUGACAUAACCAGUCGUUAUUAUCAAGCGGAUGGAUUCAUGCCAGGAGCUUAUGAAGUGAAAUUUGAGAUUAAUACCAAUGAUAAUGAUGGAACUGGACUCCUCUGGUUCAAGGGAAAGUACAAUGUGCAAAUCAAUGCAUGUGAAGGUGAAUGUGGUGCUCAUCGACCUCAUUCUCGUCUCAUAGCUCAAGCUAAUACUUUUUUCAAUUUGACUGAUCCUAUUUAUUAA